CUUUGUGGCUGUGGUAACUAGUGACAACCCAGCGACGUUAUUUUAUAGUUCAUUGACAAACUGGUCAGCCUCCUCGGUAGCUUGCUAGCCGAAAUAUUAACGCGUUUUAAUGUAUAUUAGUAUUUAGUGUUUUCAACACACUUCUGUCGUCUAGCUAAUUAUACAAUUUCAUUGUGUAUUUACGUUGUUAUUGUUAUUAGUUAGCUAACGUAGCUGGCUGGCUGGCUUGUUAAGUUAGCAUUAGCCUAGCUAGCUAACGUAGCUGGCUGGUUGAGUUAGCAUUAGCCUGGCUGGUUGAGUUAGCAUUAGCCUAGCUAGCUAACGUAGCUGGCUGGUUGAGUUAGCAUUAGCCAGCUAGCUAACGUAGCUGGCUGGUUGUUGAGUUAGCAUUAGCCUAGCUAGCUAACGUAGUUGGCUGGUUGAGUUAGCAUUAGCCUAGCUAGCUAACUGUUAGCUAACAUCCCCGACCAUGAGUUCACCAAGCUACUCGCCUCCUGUUGAAGAAGAGGAGGAGGAGGAGGUCUGCUGGACGGAGAAAGAAGGUCUGUGGCUGAACGUUGUCGUGAAAGAGGAGAAGGAAGAGGAGGAUAUUACAGUAACAAAACAAGUGGAGGAUGUUACAGUGAAAGAAGAAGAGGAUACCGUUCUUGGAGUGAAGGAGAAGGGAGAGAUAACUGUCACAUUGGAAGAUGAAGAGACAGGAGAUCGGAUUAACACCAGAGAGAGACGUGACUAUCGUGGAUCCUCUGGGGAGCCUCAACAACAACAUGAUGCUGACGAGAAAGAGAAGAGUCUCUCCAGAUCAAAACAAGUCAAGAAACACCAGCAGAGACCCAAAACUAAAAGUCACUGCUGCUCUGAUUGUGGGAAGAGUUACUUAAGAUCAGAUUCACUGAAACUACACCUGAGAAGUCACACUGGAGAGAAACCUUUUAGCUGCUCUGACUGUGGGAAGAGAUUCACCUCCUCGGCAGAUCUUAAAAGACAUCAGAGAAUCCACACAGGAGAAAAACCUUUUAGCUGCUCUGACUGUGGAAAGAGUUUUGUUUCGUCAGGACAUUUAAAAUCUCACCAGAGAACACACAAAGUAGAGAAACCCUAUAGCUGUACUCAAUGUGGGAAGAGUUUUACUCACUCAAGCAGCUUGAUAGUACACCAGAGAACACACACAGGAGAGAAACCUUAUAACUGUGAUCAUUGUGGGAAGAGUUUUCUUUCCUCUGGUCGUCUGACAAUACACCAGAGAACACACACAGGAGAGAAACCUUACAGCUGUGAUCAGUGUGGGAAGAGUUUUACUACAUCUAGCCAGCUGACUUUGCACCAGAGAACACACACAGGGCAGAAUCCUUAUAGCUGUACUGAAUGUGGGAAGAGUUUUACUCAGUCAAACAGCCUGGUAUCACAUCAGAGAACACACACAGGAGAGAAACCUCAUAGCUGUAAUCAAUGUGGGAAGAGUUACUCUGAUAAAAGAUCUCUGAUUAAACAUCAGAAAAUUCAUGAAGGAGUUGUUUCAUGAUAUCAGUGAAAUAAA